UGUGUUCCUUUAAACUUCGACAUCCUCAAAACACUAAAAAUGGCCAACUCGGUUAACGGUUGUAGUCAUCGUCCUCACUACUUGAUUGUAACUUUCCCAGCGCAAGGUCACAUAAACCCUGCGAUAAAACUAGCCAACCGCCUCAUCCAUCACGGAGCAACCAUCACAUACGCGACCACCAUCUCAGCUCUCCGUCGUAUGGGCGAGCCACCUUCCACCGAAGGCUUGUCCUACGCUUGGUUCUCCGAUGGAUUCGACGAAGGUCCCAAGUCCUUCGAGGACCAGAAAAACUACAUGUCCGAGUUCAAACGCCGUGGCUCAGACGCCCUGAGUGACAUCAUCAGAGCCAAUCUCGACGGAAACGCCGCCACAGAGCCAAUCACCGGCGUUAUCUACUCGGUGCUCGUCCCUUGGGCUUCUACGGUGGCGCGUGAGUUUCACCUCCCGGCUACGCUUCUCUGGAUUGAGCCCGCCACUGUACUCGACAUCUACUACUACUACUUCAACGCCUCUCACAGCCACCUCUUCGACACUGAACCGAUUAAACUACAGAAACUGCCACCGCUCUCCACCCGAGACCUCCCGUCGUUUCUCCAGCCGUCGAAUGUGUUACCGUCCGCUCUUGUAACGCUGAGAGAACACAUCGAAGCUCUCGACUCGGAGUCGAACCCCAAAGUCUUGGUGAACACUUUCACCGAACUGGAACCGGAAGCGUUAACCUCCGUCGAGAAACUCAGAAUGAUUCCGGUCGGACCGUUGGUUUCCUCUUCCGACGAUUCUUCUACCGGUAAAGCCGAUCUUUUCAGAUCAUCAGACGAGGAUUACAUCAAGUGGCUAGACUCGAAGGCCGAGAAGUCGGUGAUUUACGUGUCCUUAGGCUCGCACGGCGACGGUUUGUGGGAGAAACACAUGGAGGCGCUCACUAGAGGCGUGUUGGCCACAGGAAGACCGUUCUUAUGGGUGGUGAAGGAGACGAAAGCUGAAGAGAAGAAGAGUUGUUUCGUGGACUUGAUCAGAGGAGAUGAUAAAGGUCUGGUGGUGGGGUGGUGCUCUCAGACGGCGGUUUUGGCGCAUCCCUCGGUGGGGUGUUUUGUGACUCAUUGCGGUUGGAACUCGACUCUCGAGAGCUUAGAGAACGGUGUUCCGGUGGUGGCGUUUCCGCAGUUCGCGGAUCAGUGCACGACUGCUAAGCUUGUGGAGGAUGUGUGGGGGAUUGGAGUGAGAGUGAAGGAAGGGGAUGAAGGACACGUGGAUGGAGAUGAGUUGAGAUGGUGUCUGGAGAAGGUGAUGGGAGGCGGAGAAGACGCGGAUGAGAUGAGAAGGAAUGCGGCGAGGUGGAAGACGCUGGCCGUUGAUGCUGCGGCGGAAGGUGGACCCUCGGAUUUGAAUCUCAAGGGAUUUAUGGAAGGGUGAUUUGCUUCUUUUUUAGUUUUAUAAGGUUAAUAAAGAGUGAGUUAAAAGACGAGUGAAGAUAUGGUCUUUCUUCGUUCUUCUCCAACUUUUCUAUUACUGCAUCUUUUAAACGUUUUAUAUAGUGUU